AUGGGGUUGAAAAGGAAGAGAGAUGUAGAUGAUAUCAAGAAUAAUCCGAGAUCCAAGAAAAGGAAAAGUUCAGAUAGUUUAUUAGACCGCGAUGUUGCGCUAAAAAAAAAUGUGUUUGAGUCUUUAACUAACCAUAUUGAUGAAGAUUCGGAUUCAGAACUCAUCUACCAGUAUGACGAUAAUACCACCCCUACCCACGACAAAAACGGAGAUGAAGAAAUAGUGCUUCUUGAUAGUGACGUUGAAGAAAUAGUCCUUCUUGAUAGUGACGACGAAGCUGAAGACAAAGAUAGGGAUAAUGAGGGAAGUGGACGUGAGAAUGAAGAAUUUAGAAGCUUGAGUGCAAAUGCAGAUGGUGCAAUUUCAGAUGUACGUGAGUUGAACAGCAUAUCAAACAACGAAGACUUUAUUGGAUUUGGGUUUCUGUCUUCCGAUGAAGACGACGACGACGAGGGAAAGUAUGGAGAGGACGAGGACGAGGAAGAAAAAGAAGAAAAAGAGGAGGAAAAUGCUGACGCUGGUAAUUUUGAUCUGGGUACAAAUGGAAGCCGUCGAAAUUUGCCUUCAAGUACUUUAUACCCAUGGGUGCGAAACCAUGACCAUUGCAAGCAGAAGGAGAUUGCUGACUGGUUGACAUUGGAAAUGAAAGAUUUGGUAAAUUACAUUUCUCCUUCAAGCGAGGAGAUUAUCACAAGAAAUCGUGUUAUCAAUACCUUAAAGAAACAGAUUUCCAUUUUUUGGCCUGGAACCGAAGCACAUGUCUUUGGUUCAUGUGCUACGGAUUUGUACUUACCCGGUUCUGAUAUUGAUAUGGUUGUAAUAUCAAACACGGGGGAUUACGAAAAUCGAUCGAGAUUGUAUCAAUUAUCAUCCUUUCUCAGAGCCAAAAACCUUGCAAAAAAUGUUGAAGUGAUAGCUAGUGCGAAAGUUCCAAUCAUCAAGUUUGUCGAUCCCGAUUCGAACUUACACAUUGAUAUAUCUUUUGAGAGAAAAAACGGGCUUGAUGCAGCUCGGCGAAUACGGAGGUGGUUGCUGUCGACACCUGGGUUGAGAGAGUUGGUUUUAGUAGUGAAACAAUUCUUGAGGUCUCGAAAGUUGAAUAAUGUGCAUGUUGGUGGUUUGGGUGGGUAUGCAACGAUCAUAAUGUGCUAUCAUUUUUUGCAUUCUCAUCCCAAACUCUCGACAAAUUCUAUGGAUCCAUCGGACAAUCUAGGAGUGCUACUUAUAGAGUUUUUUGAGCUAUAUGGAAGAAACUUCUCGUACGACAACUUGAUUAUAUCCUUGAAUCCAGAGACGGAGGAGCCACGUUACUUGUUGAAGGAUAAGAAUUCUGCUUUAAACACCGCUCGAAACACGUUUUCCAUAGUGAUACAAGAUCCUGCGGACCCCACGAACAAUAUCAGUAGGUCUUCGUAUAACCUUCGAGAUUUGAAAAAGGCAUUUGGCGGAGCGUAUCAACUUCUAGUAGCAAAAUGCUAUCAAUUGAAUGUAGCCCCCUAUAAGGAUAGAUUGGGACAGCUGAUUUUGGGGGAUAUCAUAAAGUUCAAAGGUAAAGAGCGACAUUUCAGGGAUGAAAGACACAUGAUUGUCAAUGAUGCGUUAAUAAGUCACGAUGAAGAACAGGGCUCGUCCUUGAGCAGAGGAAGCAAAGAUAAUAGUGAGUAUUAUUUCUCCGAUAUGUCGGAAGAAGAUAACGUCAACAAUGAUUCUAAUUCUAAAGCCAAAAAGAAAAAAAUGGUUAAGCCAACUCCAACUCCCACUCCUAUUCCUACACCUACUCCCAUAACCAAUAAAUCAAAAGACACCAAAAAGUUGGUUGAGUCGAUUUUAGGGCUCGAGUCGGAGGACAACGAGAGAGAUGUUAAGGGCGGCACAAGAAAGAAUAACGAUGCUGACGCUAAUGACGAUGACGACUAUAAUUAUGAACCAGAACCCAUUCUUCCUUCAAAACCAAAAACUUAUCUCGAUAAGGACAUCAAGAGAGAUUAUUGGCGACAAAAGGGGCUCAAUAUAUAA